AAGCUCAUUCAUAGAGAGAAAUGGAAACAAAAGACGAGACUCUGAAAUCGCCGAUCGCCAUUAGCUGUGCCAAGGCUGCAAUGCUGCUCUCUUCACUGAAAUCUUCCCCAAAUUACCUCCUCGAAUCUACGAACAACGACGAAGACGAGGAAAAGGAGAUGAUGAGGAGAGAGAUCGGAUAUUUGAGGCUGGAAUUGACGAGGGAGCGAAUGAAGAGGAGGAGGAUCAAGCUGUGCGGCUUGAUGGAGUUGAUCCUUCAGGUCGUAGUUCUGAUGAUUUCGAGUUUCUUUUUGAUUCUCGCAUUCAAGUCUUCUUAAAGACGAUAACCACACGCCUAGAAACACAUAACGACCAUCAACCUUGUGUUCUAGAACUGGUCUUACAAAUUGUUUUCAAGAAAAUUUUCUUGAGAAGGUCUAGGAGGACGGUUCAAGGAUUCUAAACUGGACUCCACGGUGGUGUUGAGUAGAUAAUCAGAUGAGUAAGCUGCCUUUGUUUCUAUAUUUUAGUAAAGUUUGUAGAAAUUU